UGGUGCUCGCCGCUGCCUCCCACUUUCGCUGCCUGCUGCCACCUUCUCUUUGCCAAGCCCGGCGCUACAUACCUCAGGAUGCAAGCGCACAACAGCAACAUCAUAUCCACCACGUGCGAUACCGCCGCGCACUUGCACGACACUACUCUGCGUUCACACGUGGACGUGGUUAUAAUUACCACCGGUUUGGUCAAGGAGGUGGCUACGCAGGAGGAGGUUGGACACAUGCCCGGACUUUUAUUCUGGUACGAGUUGCAGCUCGGCUCUUGCGGCUGAGGUACCUUGUGCUUGGUACAGCAGUCGGAGGAAGCUAUACUGCCAAGCAGAAAUAUGAGGAAUGGAAGGAUAUGCUGCCAGACUUGACAGAGUACUCAUGGGUGAUUCCAGAAUUUGUUUGGGAACUGGACAAAUACAUCGACUUUGACAAGAUUUCACAGAAUCUGCCAGACAGGGAGGACCUGGCCAAGUUCCUGCCGAAUCCUGACAAGGUGACAGAGUUCCUUCAGCGGCUACGCGACUCCUUGGCAUCAGGUGAGAGUUUGUUUAGAGAUAUCAAAGGAGCUGCAGGUCCACUUCACUUGUUAGAUCCAGCUGCAUCCACAAGCAUGAAUGCAUCUGAUGGGGGCCUGGGCUUCAGCACGCCCGCAGAUGGGGAAAAGAAAUACAAAAAGGGUCUCCUUGGAGAGCUCAUCCUGAUCCAGCAGCAGAUCCAGCAGCACGAGGAGGAGGCCCGGCGCUCGGCGGCACAGACCUUCCCCACCACGCCCCAGUACAGGCCCAAGAUCUCGGACAAGGACAGAUCUGACCAACUGCAGGAGGAGCUGCUUAAGACUCAGAUGAAGUACCAGCGGAUUCUGGAACAGCUUGAGAAGGAGAACAAGGAGUUGAGAAAGCAGCUUCUGCAGAAGGACGACAAGGGUAUCCAUCAGAGGAAGGUUAAGAAGUCGUUGAUUGAAAUGUACUCAGAAGUUCUGGACAUACUUUCGGACUAUGAUGCCAACUACAACACACAGGAUCAGUUGCCAAGGGUGGUAGUAGUUGGAGACCAGAGCUCGGGUAAGACCAGCGUACUGGAAAUGAUCGCUCAAGCUCGCAUAUUUCCACGUGGCUCUGGAGAAAUGAUGACCCGUUCACCUGUCAAGGUGACGCUCAGUGAAGGUCCGCAUCACGUGGCGAUUUUCAAGGACAGCUCGCGCGAGUUCGACCUGACCAAGGAAGACGACCUCGCAGCUCUCCGCAAAGAAAUCGAAAUACGAAUGAAGAAGAGCGUAAAGGAAGGGCACACCGUCAGCGCAGAGACGAUAUCUCUGAGUGUAAAAGGACCUGGUCUCCAGAGGAUGGUGCUGGUGGAUUUACCAGGUGUCAUCAGUACCAUGACUUCCGGAAUGGCUCCAGACACCAAAGAUGCGAUAUUCGCGAUGAGCAAAGGCUACAUGCAGAAUCCAAAUGCAAUCAUCCUGUGUAUACAAGACGGCUCUGUGGAUGCGGAGAGAAGCAUAGUGACCGACCUCGUGAGCAACAUGGACCCGCAGGGCAGGAGGACAAUCUUUGUCCUCACCAAAGUGGACCUGGCAGAAAAGAACCUGGCCAGCCCCAACAGAAUCCAGCAAAUCUUGGAUGGAAAGCUCUUCCCAAUGAAGGCCUUGGGUUACUUUGCAGUUGUUACCGGCAAAGGAAAUAGAGACGAAAGCAUCGAAUCAAUCAAAGACUAUGAAGAAGAGUUCUUCCAGAAGUCCAAACUCUGCAGGUCGGGGAUGCUCAAGGCGCAUCAGGUUACGACGAAAAACCUGAGCCUGGCUGUGUCCGACUGCUUCUGGAAGAUGGUGCGCGAGUCUGUGGAGCAGCAGGCAGACGCAUUCAAAGCUACGAGAUUUAACCUGGAGACCGAAUGGAAAAAUAAUUACCCAAGGUUGAGAGAGCUGGAUCGGAAUGAACUCUUUGAAAAAGCCAAGAAUGAGAUUUUGGAUGAAGUCAUCAGCCUCUCACAGGUCACCCCCAAGCACUGGGAGGACAUCCUGCAGAAGAAGCUGUGGGAGCGAGUGUCGACGCACGUCAUUGAGAACAUCUACCUCCCCGCUGCACAGUCGACCGACUCGGGCACUUUCAACACGACGGUGGACAUCAGGCUCAAGCAGUGGGCCGAGAAGCAGCUGCCCAACAAGGCCAUCGAGGUGGCGUGGGAGACGCUGCAGGAGGAGUUCUCCCGAUUCAUGGCCGACCAGAAGGAGCAGGAGGCGGACGACAUCUUCGACAAGCUCAAGGAGGCGGUCAAGGACGAGGGCAUCAAGCGGCACCACUGGAACGAGCAGGCCGAGGACAGCCUGAGGGUGAUCCAGCACAACGCGCUGGAGGACCGCUCCAUCUCCGACAAGCAGCAGUGGGAUGCUGCCAUCAAGUUCAUGGAGGACACGCUACAGGCCCGGCUGCGUGACACUGAUAAUGUCAUCAGGGACAUGGUUGGCCCAGAGUGGAGGGAACGUUGGAUUCAAUGGACCAACCGCACCCCAGAGCAGAGCGUCCGGAACGAGACAAAGUCGGAGCUGGAGCGGCUGCUGAAGGUGGAUGGCGAGCACACGGCGUACCUGGCCAGCGAUGAGAUCACCACCGUGCGCAAGAACCUGGAGUCCCGCGGCGUGGAGGUGGACGCUGGCUUGAUCAAAGACACGUGGCACCAGGUUUACAGACGCAGCUUCCUCAAAAAAGCCCUGGACCACUGCAAUCUGUGCCGGCGAGGAUUCUACUACUACCAGAAGAACUUCGUGGACUCGGAGUUGGAGUGCAACGACGUCGUGCUGUUCUGGAGGAUCCAGCGCAUGCUGUCAAUCACGGCCAACACACUAAGGCAGCAGCUCACCAACACUGAAGCUCGGAGGCUGGAGAAGAAUGUGAAGGAGGUGCUGGAGGACUUUGCAGAAGACAACAGCAAGAAGAUCAGGCUUCUGACUGGGCGUCGGGUUCAGUUGGCUGAGGAGCUCAAACGAGUACGAGAAAUUCAAGAGAAGCUGGAGGCGUUCAUCGAGGCUCUGCGCAAUGAAAAAUAAUACCCCACGCGCAGUGAAUCCUGUUCGGUUCGGGAAGCUUCUCGCUCGUGGCCCACCGUUGAGGGAUCUGUGUCAGAUGAAGAUCAACACGGGUCAAUCAUGUUUCCCACCACUCCUUCGGGUAACUGCCCGACAGCUUCACUUCAUUUUGUUGUCGUCUGUAACGCAGCCGAUUCAUAUGUAUAUAUGUGGCCCUUCCAAAAAAACAUCUCCCCCCCCCUCCCUCCCUGUACCGUCCACCUCCCAACACAUGCUCGCACACGUGUAUGGACUCGCAUCGUGAAUGGCAAUGAAUUGGGGAGAUGUAGCGAUAGCACUGAGGACGGUGCAUUCACAGAAUGCACGCACGAUAACCGCCCCGUCUCGGUAGAUGUACCAUACUUUGUGCAAUAAAAGUGUUAAUAAAGGUUAACGUCCUAAACGCUGCCUUCAGAGUUGAUUGCACUUCCUUUGUGUUGCAGUUGCGAACAAGCACUUGUUGAUUUUUUAAAUAGCUACAAGGGUGAUGACCUCAUUUAGUUUCGACUGCAGCGUGUGCUGCUGUAUUAUCGCAGCUUUUGCUGCCAUGAG